ACAAUUCUUUUUAAUAGUCGGACGCAAAAUGAAGGUCAUCCAAAAUGGUUCGUUCUGGGUGUUGGACAAGUCAUAAAAGGGUUAGAUAUUGCUAUGAUGAAUAUGUGUCCUGGAGAAAAACGGAAAGUGAUCAUUCCUCCGUCAUUAGCAUAUGGACAGCAAGGAUACGCACAGGGCAAGAUUCCACCCAAUGCAACACUGAUCUUUGAGAUUGAACUUUAUGCAGUAAAUAAGGGGCCUCGCAGUGUUGAAGCAUUUCAUCAAAUAGACAAGGACAGUGACAAGAAACUCUCUGAACUUGAGAUAAGCCAGUAUUUGAAAGAAGAAUUUGCAAGAGAUGGCAAAAAACGUCAUCCCUCAGUCCAUGAUGAAAUCUUAGCUGAUAUAUUUAAGAAGAAUGACCAUGAUGGAGAUGGUUUCAUAUCAGCAAAGGAGUACAAUGUCUACCAGCAUGAUGAACUCUAAGUACUUAAAACAUCUUUGGCUGUUUUCUGGACACUGAAUUUUAAAUAAUAAUACUUUGUCACAGAAUUUUCUGUAUUUUUUUUUAUAGUGGCGUCUUUUUAUAUCUCUUAACUUGACUGUAAAAAUCUUAUUUUUAACAUUCACCUAAUAAAAUGUGUUAGAUAUUUCAAAAGAAAGAAAUAAAAUUGGAAAACACC